GACCCACCCCACCAUCAUCGUAAUUCGUAAGGGAACUCAAUUCUCGGCCUCUCGUUCCUCAUCCACACAAACAUGCCUACUAUAUGCUCGACAGUUUGCUCCUGAGAAAAAGAGAGAGAGAGAGAGAGAGAAAGAGCGAGAGACAUGGCGUCGAGCCUCUCUGCUCCUUCCAAUUAUCGCCUCUCUCGUACCUUCAAUACAAUCCCAUCAAAGACUAGUACAAGGUACUGCUCCUUCAUCCUCCUCCUCGGCCGGGGGACCUCGGACUCCUUCCCCACCAACGCCCCUUUCGCAGGCCCCACCAUGAAUCCAAACACUGCGAGAGUUUACUCUAGUAACAAAGAUAGCGUGAGCACGGAGAACUCGGCUCCCGGAUUGCUCAAUGGGGAUUUGUUGAGGCGGUUGUCUAGUUUGAAGGAUGCCGACCAAGUUAUCGAGAUGAUUGUGGAGGCAGAGAGGAGUGCCGGGAUUGGAGUUUUGGAGACCGAGGAUUGCAAUUCGAUCAUCGAAGCAGCGUUCGAUCGAGGGAACGUUGACUUGGCUCUGUCGGUUUUUCUAGCCAUGCAAACGGGCUAUGCGCAAGAUGGGAUGGGUGGGAAAAUUUUGGCAAUUGCAAGGUGGAAGUGGGCCAGGCCAGAUGUACAAACAUACGGAUUGAUGGUUCAGAGGCUCGCAGCAUCGUUACGUGUGUCCGAUGCGCUGAGGAUAAUUGACUAUGUUUCUCGGGUGGGAGUUUCUUCAGGAGAGGAGGUCCCAUUUGGGGUGGUUGUUCGAUGUCCAACUUGUAUGAUAGCAAUUGCUGUCGCACAACCUCAACAUGGUAGUCAGGUUGCUUCUUGUUCAAAGUGCCGUUACCAGUAUGAACUUGUAUCUGGAAACAUCGUUAGUAUUAGUUCAGAAGAAAUCAGCACGGAAACUUCAGCUUGGGAAAAGGCUUUGGGCUUUCUACAAAUAACGAAAAAUGCCAUUCCCGCUGCUCUUCACUCAAUUGUGGUCCGUACUCCUACAGGAACAGCUCGUACGCACAGAUUUGGUACUAAGACAGUAGAACUCCCAGCUCAAGAGGGAGAACGAGUGACCAUUUCUUUAGCAGCUCCAUCAAAUGUUUAUCGUCAAAUGGGUCCAUUAAAACUAAGCGCAAAGUCUCCUGGUUUUAGACCAGGGGAACCUAUGAGUCUCACAAACCACACUAAUGGACAGAUUUCUCAACUGCUAAGAGCUCCUGUUGAGAAUAAUGGCUCAUUUUUAACAAGCCCAUAUUUUUUGUUUCCUUCUAUUGCUUUAUUGGCGUCUGGUGAUGCUGCAUCUGCAUUCAUCGAUCCCAGCCUUCCUAGACUCAUUUCGGUAACUCUUGUCGCAUCAGCUGCUCUUGGAACGGCUUUAAACCAAGUGAUUCUUCCAGAGUUCUGUAAGUUGCCUCAAAAGGCAGUGGAUGUUGUUGCUCUCAAGCAGCAGCUUUUAUCGCAAUAUGACCUGCUGCAGACUCGCAUCAAGGACCUAAAACAAGCAGCUGAAAAGGAGGUUUGGAUGUUGGCUCGGAUGUGCCAGCUGGAGAACAAAAUAUUAGCUGUCGGAGAAGUGUCAUACCGCGCUCGACGAGGUAGAGUCAAAAUGGCGCGUGAAAGCUUGGAAAAUGCCCUCUUGGCUAGGAUUGAGCUAAUUGAGAGCUACGCAAAAAUUUCUUCGAUGAUAGAAAUUGAAGUAGAAAUGGACUCGGAUGUUCUUGCUGCCGAGGCAGCGAGCAGUGCGGAAAGAAUUUCAGAACAGAUACAACAGAUAAUGGAGAUUGAAAAUCUUGAAGAGCGAUGGCGUAUACAAGCCGAGGCAAAUGACGAAGUCGAACGGCUUCUUAGAUCUGAGCAAUUGUCCAGUGAAUGAGGUUAAUUAUGUUUAUGUUGGCAAAUAUGCCCAAAAAAAAAAGGCUUUUUUCCAGUGUUUUAUAACCUUCCGAUCAUUCUUAAAUGUUUGUAAAUUCUUGUAGCCUUUCCAGCAAUGUUUCUGAAGGCAGUAACUCUUUAAAAAGUUUUAAAGAGUUUUUGUGAACUAAUUAGUUUGAUCUUAAAACUCCAACUUGUCACUGUUCAUUGGUUUGUUUGGUGAGAAAAAAGGUUAUUAAGUGUGGUUCAUAAAA